GGCGGAGCCGGGAGAGCAGCCCCGGCGGCCGGAGGAGGUGGCGGCGGCUGGGAGAGGCCGGGGACUUGGCCGAUUUUAGCAUCGAAGCUAGGAAAAAUAGGAAUGGCUGUAGAGGAACUUCAGUCCAUAAUAAAGAGAUGUCAAAUCCUAGAAGAGCAAGACUUUAAAGAAGAGGAUUUUGGCCUAUUUCAGUUAGCUGGGCAAAAAUGUAUAGAAGAAGGGCACAUAGACCAGCUAUUAGAAAUUAUUCAAAAUGAAAAGAAUAAGGUCAUCAUCAAGAAUAUGGGCUGGAAUCUUGUUGGGCCUGUCGUUCGAUGCCUUUUGUGGAAAGAGAGAGAGGAUGAUGAUAAAAGAAAAGUUUAUUUUUUGAUCCUUGAUUUAUUGGUAAAGUUAUGCAGUCCAAAGGAAUUAUUGUUGGGUUUGCUUGAACUGAUUGAAGAGCCCUCUGGAAAACAGAUAUCCCGAAGUAUUCUUCUUUUGCUUCAGCCAUUACAGACAGUGAUUCGGAAACUUCAUAACAAAGCAUAUUCAAUUGGAUUAGCAUUGUCUACCCUUUGGAAUCAGCUAUCUCUUCUUCCUGUUCCGUACUCAAAAGAACAAAUACAAAUGGAUGACUAUGGCCUUUGUCAGUGUUGCAAGGCCUUAAUAGAGUUUACUAAGCCUUUUGUAAAAGAAGUCAUUGAUAACAAAGAAAACUCACUGGAAAAUGAAAAGUUAAAGGAUGAAUUACUGAAAUUUUGUUUCAAAAGCUUGAAAUGCCCUUUGCUGACAGCACAAUUCCUUGAACAGUCUGAAGAAGGUGGAAAUGAUCCUUUCAGAUAUUUUGCAUCAGAAAUAAUAGGUUUUUUAUCAGCAAUUGAACACCCUUUCCCCAAAAUGAUUUUUAAUCAUGGAAGAAAAAAGAGAACUUGGAAUUACCUUGAAUUUGAAGAAGAGGAAGAUAAACAGUUAGCAGAUUCAAUGGCUUCUCUGGCAUAUCUAAUAUUUGUACAGGGCAUCUGUAUUGAUCAGCUUCCAAUGGUCUUAAGCCCAUUGUACCUUUUGCAGCUUAAUAUGGGGCAUAUUGAAGUAUUUUUGCAAAGAACAGAAGAGUCUGUUAUCUCCAAAGGAUUGGAGCUGCUGGAGAAUAGUUUAUUGAGAAUAGAAGACAACAGUCUACUUUACCAGUACUUAGAAAUCAAGAGUUUUCUUACAGUACCUCAGGGCUUAGUGAAAGUAAUGACACUUUGCCCGAUUGAGACACUGAGGAAAAAGAGUUUAGCUAUGCUUCAGCUAUAUAUUAACAAGUUGGAUUCACAAGGCAAAUAUACAUUAUUUAGGUGCUUAUUGAAUACUAGUCAUCACUCAGGUGUGGAGGCUUUUAUUAUUCAAAAUAUCAAAAAUCAAAUUGACUUGGCAUUAAAGAGAACACAUAACAAAAAAUGGUUUACAGGACCACAGUUGAUUUCCCUUCUUGAUUUGGUACUCUUUCUCCCAGAGGGUGCGGAAACAGAUUUACUGCAAAACUCAGAUAGGAUUAUGGCUUCAUUAAAUUUAUUGAGGUAUUUGGUUAUCAAAGAUAAUGAAAAUGACAAUCAAACUGGAUUAUGGACAGAACUUGGAAAUAUUGAAAAUAAUUUCUUAAAGCCACUACAUAUAGGACUUAAUAUGUCAAAAGCACAUUAUGAAGUGGAAAUUAAAAAUAGCCAAGAGGCCCAGAAAUCUAAAGAUCUUUGUUCUAUAACUGUAGGUGGAGAAGAGAUCCCUAAUAUGCCUCCUGAAAUGCAGCUUAAGGUCCUACAUUCAGCUCUUUUCACAUUUGAUUUGAUUGAAAGUGUUCUAGCUCGAGUGGAAGAACUCAUUGAAAUGAAAACAAAGUCUACCUCUGAAGAAAAUAUUGAGAUAAAGUGAAAGUUCCAUUUCCUAAUUAAAAAGUAAUAAAAUAUAAUUUUCCAUUAUGAUUUAAUACCAUUUAAAAUUUUUUUCUGUAAAAAUCUGCUCAAAAAAUAAAUGUUUUUCUCAUUUAUCA